AUGCCGGAAGUUCUCAGUGUUCAUCACACUCGUGGGAUUUCUUGGGCCUUCCGAUCGACGCAGAGUCAAAAGCAGCAACGCGAGCACAAAAUUCUGGGUGAGGACUCCAGUGACGUAACUAUUGGACUCCUUGACUCAGGUAUGAACUCAGGAUUCGUAUUUCGAGGGAUCACACCUAAUGCACAAGGUAUAUGGCCUGAAUCCGAAAGCUUCCGUGAUGAUGGAAUGAGUCCAGUUCCUGCGACAUGGAAGGGCUCUUGCGUCAAUGAUCCAAAGACAAACGCUUCCGUUGUAGUUCACUGCAACAGAGCUGGCCUGUCUCCAAACGCUUCGGUGGCAUACAGUAAUCCUAGAGACUUCGGUGGCCAUGGAACGGCCACAGGUUCUAUUGCCGCUGGUAUGGCAGUGGGCAACGCGAGUAUGGGGGGACUGGCUUCAUGA